AUGGUCCCACUCUGCAUCGUGGUGAUUGGAGUGGUCGACAAUGCUUUCAGAGACGAAGACGAACUGCUUGAUCCGGUCAACAAAGGCAAGGUCAGGCCCGAUGUUGAUGCUGUUACGCCGACUGUUCCAACACUUGGCAAGCAGGCAACCGUGCCCAUCGUGGUGUAUGCGUAA